AUGGCCUGGAUCCCUGUGCUCCUCCUGCUCCUCUCUCAGUGCACAGGUUCCCUCUCCCAGCCUGUGCUGACUCAGCCGCCCUCCCUCUCUGCAUCUCCGGGAGCAACAGCCAGACUCACCUGCACCUUGAACAGUGGCUUCAAUGUUGGUGGCUACUGGAUACGCUGGUACCAGCAAAAGCCAGGGAGCCCUCCACGGUAUCUCCUGAGGUUCUACUCAGACACCAAUAGGAACCAAGGCUCCGGGGUCCCCAGCCGCUUCUCUGGAUCCAAAGACGCCUCGGCCAACGCAGGGCUUCUGCUCAUCUCCAGGCUGCAGCCUGAGGACGAGGCCAACUAUUACUGUGACACAUGGGGUGGCAACUCUAAGACUCACACAGUGCUCCAGACCCAUGGGGAAGCGAGACACAAACCUUCCUCUCACUUUCCUGGCCUGGUGCCAUCACUCAUG